AAAAGGCGAUACGGCGACUGUAAUAUCUUAUUUCCCAUAACAGAGAGUUAACAGUGACUCUGGGCUCAGGGCAGUGUACACUAUAAACACAGAUGCAAAGACUGACAGAACAAAGGCCAUCCUGUCGUAAAAGGUGAUUGCUUUCAUAUCUAUCCCCUAACACUAUUGCAAAGACUGAUAGAACAAAGGCCAUCCUGUCGUAAAAGGUGAUUGCUUUCAUAUCUAUCUCCUAACACUAUUGUGUAAGUGAGGAUCAUCCAUCUUGGACAAAAGAGGAGUCCCCGGCUCGGCACCACGUGAUGAAACUACAAAGGGAAUGUCCAGGAAGGGAAUGUCAUGGGAGGAUCCCAACAACAAAGGAUGAAAGGAUAUGAUGAUUACACCCUCAAGGUGUCAGAACAGGUUUCAGACCUUGGGAACAAAUGUCAGGUAUGGAAGUCACUGUCUGUGCAACACUGCCACCCACAGGACAUCUUAAACACCAUUAGUUGGCCUACACCGCCAUCUACAGGACACUACAAACUGGGAGGUUUCUAUGGAUUAUCAUAUGACAUCGACUUGAUUGGCUGGGACUUUCUCUAGGGUGUGACUACCCUUUGGCAGGGGUGGAGUUUGGAUGUGAAUAGGUUUGAAUGUAUGUGAUUUUGUAUAUAAGGGAGAGCACAGAGUGGCUAAAUAUGUAGGUAGUAGGUAUAGAUAGAACAUAUACAUAGCCAAUACAACUAUAAUACUGCUUUAUAAGAGAAGGCUAUAUUCAUAUACCUAAAGCUCUGUUAUUUUGUUAUUUUGUUAUUACUUCGUUUUACUUAAUAAAUAGUCAAUUGACCUUACGGCCUAAAGCUUCUUAAUAGCACCCAAGGAAAAGGAUCUAACAUAUUGGCACCCCAGAUUUGAGGAUUUUCAACUAAACCCAUCGAGUAAGGAAACGGGAUCUGCAUAACUACUUGCUGCUGAGAAGUUGGGAGAAGAGGCCAGACCAGACCCAAGGAUACCAUCUUGUGAGUGUUCAACCACGCUGGUUCGUGUUCCUGACGCACACCUGAGAAGUUCCCUUAGGAUAUCUGGGAUAACACAUCAGUGAGCGGACGCGCAUAUCUGGAUCCACUAUGAAGCAAGAAUCAAUAUACAAUCAACCUUGGAUCCUGCACAAAACAAUUCCAAAUUUUCUGUUGCUUACUAUACUGAUAAACGGAGCUCCAAUCUUCAGUUAUCAAUACUCAGACAACACCACAUAUGAAUAUAAUAUAUCAUUUUCAUUUGGGAGGUUCCAACCAAAAUCGGAGGAUGGACAACUGAUUCUCAGUCAUGGAACACAACAAUUUAUUAGUUGGAAAGAUCAGCAACCAUAUAUCAGAGCCACAAUAUACAUAAAUGCAACAGGAUACUGGUUAGGGGAAGAAUCUGCUUUACCUAAUGAAUCAGAAAAGAUAGGGGUAAGCAGUGGUACUUUUAGAGAUGAUUUAAAGGAUGGGAAAUAUGUAUUAGAAUGCAGUGUUACAUGGAGGGAUACAAUAACUCCAAGAUACAUACCCAGGAAGGUAUCCCUUAUGCACACUGAUAUGUUAGGUUUUGAUACAGAAAAGGGAAGCACAUCCCAGCAAGGUAUUUACGCUAGAGGGGGUACCACAUACCAGUAUUUAAAGUUAUUCAAAACUAUUUCAUACCAGUCAUACAGAGAAGCUUUGGGGGUCUGGAAAUGUGAAGAUCCAGAUACGGGAAUGGAGAUAGGGGAGCUCAAUAUAGUUGAUGAUACUCCUGAUUAUUUUGAAUCUUGUAAACAUCACAUAAACAUAACACACCCUAAUAAUAUAGAACAACCACCACACUUGGAGAAAGGACAGCCUUUCCAGGUCAAUCUUGACUCCAAACGAAUGCUUGUUAAAAAUGUCAAGUAUACAUUUGCAACCUGGCAUUUUAAUCUUUCCCAGUGGUUGAUAAAAACAUAUUAUAAGAAUUGUGAGCCCUAUACAUUGAACCAAAUCAAUGCUCUGCACAGGUGGAUGAUCCCUAAAGACAUUAGGAAAAAGGUGAGCUCGAAUUAUCAGUUCUUUCAUAAUACGAGCACCAGAACUAAGAGGGAUAUUUUUGGCACAAUUUUGGGUGGAGUUGGGGCAGGAUUGGGCGCACUUAAUAAGGUAGACAUAGAGGUACUUAGAAAUAAGCUCUCUAACAUAGCCUCACACAGUAAAGAUGGGUUAGUCGUUCAAAAAGAAAUUAAUAACAUCAUUAAUAACCUGGAGGAAGAUAACAUGAAUACCCAUGUUGAGAUUGCAAAAGACUUUGUCAAUCAUUUUAAAAUACUUGUUGACAAUGUCUUCGCACUUGGGAAAAAUACCUCCUGGGCCAUAGCGUGUACACAAGGUCAGACCGAACUAUCUAGCAACAUGAAACUGAUAGUGCAGUCUAUUUAUAAUGGACAAUGGCCUUUUGAAUUGUUACCUCAAAUUUCUGCUGCCCUACCAAAUUACAUAAGUUUCACACACCCAAAAUGGUGGACAAAUGCAUGGGUUGGGUGUAUGAAUCAUGACUUUGAAAAUUGUUAUGCCUCAUCCCUAAUACCUUUCACAGACCAACAGUUUGCCUCUGUGUAUAGGAUCAUCUCCAUUGGUAUUUUAGCUGGUGAGAAUACUAUACUACACCCAAGGUUAGAGUACCCCCAUGCAGUUAGGGAACAAGAAAUAUGGAAGCAAGUUGACAUUUCCCUCUGCCCUCAAAGAAAUCACGAUGUGCUAUGCUCACUAGGGCAGUACAGGGAAAUUGAUGAAAAGUGCUGGAAGAAUGCUUCCAUAUGUGUUCUUGAUGGGGAAAAUAUAUCCAGGGACAGACCACCAGUGUAUUAUUUGGGACAAAACAGAGUUUGUUUUUUCGCUCAGAAUAAUACAAGUGUCUCACUUGUUACUAACCAAAACUGCGCAGCCAUAACACCAGUAAGUAGAGGUGCAUGGUGUACAUUAGGUGAAAUUACAGAAAUCCGCACUCCUACAUGGAGUUACAAGGUCCCAGUAAUAACAAAUUUUACGGCAGAUUUCCAGUACCAAAGCCCCAUAACUUUAAAGGAAUUAAAUUUAGGAAUGGGAAAGGAAAUCUAUGAGUGGUUGAUUAAAUUUGACAAAGAUGAAUUACUGUUAAAGAAACUACAGCAAAAUCAGGCCAAAGCCACCAUCAUAAUCCACCAUGACCAGAGUGAAUUGAAAACGGUGUCCAAUCUGUUAGAAGGAGAUUCAAAGGGGCAUUGGUGGGAGACAUUGUUUGGUCAUUCAAGUCAGGUUAAUACAAUAAUGAAUUAUCUCAUACAUCCUGUCAUAGUGUUGCUAAUGUUUUCUGCCUUGUUGACUUUGCUACAAGUCUAUAUGUGCUGUGUAACUCGGUUUCUGCACAAGAAGGUAACCGUGCUCUCUAUGAAAGUGGAAGCACAAAGAGGGAUGACAAUUGCUUCUGCAAAGGUAGAAACCUUGUUACCAGUGAGAUUCAACCAUAAUAAGUCAUCUGAGACUUGCAGCAAUUGCCAAAAGUUUGGACACGGGAAGGAACAAUGUGUAAUUCCUAAAAGAAACAUCACUGAUUCCCAGAAAUAUGAUUUUCAUGUCCUUUGAAAUAUGUCUGCAAUCAUUUCAAAAUUUUUUUUUGAUUUCAUUUUUAUUUUAUUUUUUCUUGGCUUAGAUAUGUAUUAAUUUUAGAUAGUGUUGAAGUUUGUUGUUAUUAAUUUCUGUUAAAACUUUAGUUAGGUAAGAAUGUGUGUAUGUAUGAAUGUGUUGCAUGGAUCACCUCUGGCACAAGGACGUUACACCGAUAUAGCCACAAGUCCGAAGAGGAUCGUCUAAUGCUUUCGUGGUGUGUCCUUCAGACACAAAUGGGGGAAUGUAAUAUCUUAUUUCCCAUAACAGAGAGUUAACAGUGACUCUGGGCUCAGGGCAGUGUACACUAUAAACACAGAUGCAAAGACUGACAGAACAAAGGCCAUCCUGUCGUAAAAGGUGAUUGCUUUCAUAUCUAUCCCCUAACACUAUUGCAAAGACUGAUAGAACAAAGGCCAUCCUGUCGUAAAAGGUGAUUGCUUUUAUAUCUAUCUCCUAACACUAUUGUGUAAGUGAGGAUCAUCCAUCUUGGACAAAAGAGGAGUCCCCGGCUCGGCACCACGUGAUGAAACUACAAAGGGAAUGUCCAGGAAGGGAAUGUCAUGGGAGGAUCCCAACAACAAAGGAUGAAAGGAUAUGAUGAUUACACCCUCAAGGUGUCAGAACAGGUUUCAGACCUUGGGAACAAAUGUCAGGUAUGGAAGUCACUGUCUGUGCAACACUGCCACCCACAGGACAUCUUAAACACCAUUAGUUGGCCUACACCGCCAUCUACAGGACACUACAAACUGGGAGGUUUCUAUGGAUUAUCAUAUGACAUCGACUUGAUUGGCUGGGACUUUCUCUAGGGUGUGACUACCCUUUGGCAGGGGUGGAGUUUGGAUGUGAAUAGGUUUGAAUGUAUGUGAUUUUGUAUAUAAGGGAGAGCACAGAGUGGCUAAAUAUGUAGGUAGUAGGUAUAGAUAGAACAUAUACAUAGCCAAUACAACUAUAAUACUGCUUUAUAAGAGAAGGCUAUAUUCAUAUACCUAAAGCUCUGUUAUUUUGUUAUUUUGUUAUUACUUCGUUUUACUUAAUAAAUAGUCAAUUGAC